AUGAGUAUUUGUAAAGGUCUUGACUGUAAUAAAGUCGCUUCAGCGCUUCAAUGUCCUGUAUGUUUAAAGCUUGGUAUUCGAGGGUCUCUUUUCUGCUCUCAAGAUUGUUUUAAAAAAAAUUGGAGUUUUCAUAAAAGCAUACAUGGUUCCGGUAAUUAUGUUUCUGAUUCAUCUUCUAUUUUGUUGGUUUUAACAGAAAAAUGUUUUUUUUCUAACAUCGUAAUCAGAACAUAUGAUCCCUUUCCAAACUUCGCUUAUACAGGGACAUUGAGAGCAUGUUAUCCUCUUUCACCUCGUCGAAAGAUACCUCUUCAUAUUCAAUUACCAGAUUAUGCUGAGGAUGGGAUUCCUCGAAGUGAACAGGCACAAUCUCGGAGCUUUAAAGCAAUAAUUCUUACAAAGGAGGAGCAACAAGGUAUGCGGAAAGUCUGUAAGCUUGCUCGAGAAGUUCUUGAUAUUGCAGCGGCCGCUUUAAGACCAGGAAUAACAACCGAUGAAAUCGAUGAAAUUGUUCAUAUGGCAUGUAUUGAAAGGAACUCUUAUCCAAGUCCUUUGAAUUAUUAUAAUUUUCCUAAAAGCGUUUGUACAUCUGUAAAUGAAACUAUUUGUCAUGGCAUACCUGAUAAAUAUGUUUUAAAAGAUGGCGAUAUUGUUAAUUUAGAUGUUACAUUAUAUCAUGGAGGUUUUCAUGGGGAUCUAAAUGAGACUUAUUAUAUUGGAGAAAAAGCAAAGCAAGAUGCAGAUACUGUUCGAGUUGUUGAGACAGCUCGUGAAUGUUUAGAACGUGCAAUAAAGGUUGUUAAACCAGGUACUUUGUUUCGUGAUAUUGGUUCCGUAAUAGAAAAUUAUGCAAAAUCAAGAAAUUGCUCAACUGUUAGAACUUAUUGCGGACAUGGAAUAAAUAGACUGUUUCAUUGUUUUCCAGAAAUACCUCAUUAUGCAAAAAAUAAAGCUGUUGGGAUUGCAAAACCGGGAAUGUGUUUUACCAUUGAGCCCAUGAUUUCCCUUGGAGUAUGGAAGGACGUAACAUGGUAAGUUUUUUGGAUAUUUUGAGAAUUUGGUAUUUACUUUGGUGGGCCUGAUAAUUGGACAUCUACGACUAGUGAUGGGAAACGAAGUGCACAAUUUGAACAUACUUUACUUGUAACUGAAAAUGGAGUCGAAGUUCUUACUGCUCGAAAUAAAAAUUCUCCUGGCGGGCCUAUUCAAUUACUAGAUGCUAAA